CGCCCCGCGCGCAUGCGCCGUGAGCGCGGCGCCCCCGCUCGGCUCCGCUCGGGCCGCGCUCGGCUAUUUCCGUCUCUUUGUUUUAAACUCCGGGCCGAGCCUUUUAAUUUUAUCCCUCUCUCCCCUUUCUUUUUGUUGUUAAUUUUUUUGGCGGGGGAGGGGGAAGAGGGGCCGGUGUUUCCCUCCGUCUCGCGUCACCUAGCUCGCGUCCUCGCCUUUCUCUCUGUGGUGGCGCCCGGGGAAGGACGGGCCGGGUAGCGGAGGGUCGGUGGCGGGGAGGAAAACCCCCCGCCAGCCCCGGGAGGCGACCGCGCCCCUCCUCCGUCAGGUCUCUGGAUGGCAGACCCUGAAAAGAAAUGCUGUUUUAAGAGACACCAAAGAUGCUAACAAGAAAGAUUAAGCUUUGGGACAUUAAUGCCCAUAUAACCUGUCGUCUGUGCAAUGGAUACCUGAUUGAUGCUACUACUGUAACAGAAUGCUUACAUACUUUCUGUAGAAGCUGCCUAGUGAAAUAUUUGGAGGAAAACAACACCUGUCCAACCUGUAGAAUUGUUAUACAUCAGAGCCACCCAUUACAGUAUAUUGGUCAUGAUAGAACAAUGCAAGAUAUUGUUUACAAACUUGUGCCAGGCCUCCAAGAAGCGGAAAUGAAAAAGCAAAGAGAAUUUUAUCACAAACUGGGCAUGGAAGUUCCAGGGGACAUCAAAGGGGAGACUUGUUCUACAAAACAGCACCUAGAUUCCCAUCGAAAUGGUGAAACUAAACCAGAUGAAAAUGCAAACAAAGAAACUUCUGAGGAAAAACAGGAAGAAGAUAAUGACUACCACCGAAGUGACGAACAGGUAAGCAUCUGCUUGGAAUGCAAUAGCAGCAAAUUGCGUGGAUUGAAACGGAAAUGGAUUCGCUGCUCAGCACAAGCAACAGUCUUGCAUCUAAAGAAAUUCAUUGCCAAAAAGCUUAACCUUUCUUCUUUUAAUGAGCUGGACAUAUUAUGCAACGAAGAGAUUCUUGGGAAGGAUCACACGCUCAAGUUUGUAGUUGUUACUAGAUGGAGAUUUAAGAAAGCACCUCUACUGCUACAUUACAGACCCAAAAUGGACUUGCUGUAGAACUUUAUUGUCCUUCUGGACAGAGUUUUUUGCAGAGACUAUCAUCUGGCACCUUCUUAGUGCAUCACUAAUUACAUGACACAAACCAGCCGAAUAAUUUUGGAAGACUGUAGGGCUUUCACAGUGGACUGUCCUUCUGAGUAUUUCUUCUAGGGAUGUGCUGCCUAGAUUUCUGGACAGAAAAUAUUUAUACUUUUUUUGUAUGGAAGAAAGAAGUCGCAACUCAACAAGACACUACCAGCACUAAGUUUACAGAUACUGAAAACACUUCACAGUUCCAUAUAUCUUAGCCUGAUUUAUCUCUUACAGUUACACAGAAAUAAGUUAGAAUGUUGUGGGGUGAUUUAAAAAUGUUACUUUUGACACCAAGUUGCAUUUAGUUAGUUCUCACAUUCUGAAUCUUUUAAAAACUAUAUUUUUGCAAAUUGUUACUGUCUUAUAUAGUAUGCCUGAUUGCAUUGGCUUUAUUCAAGUUACUCUGUAGAGCAUUGAACGCACCUAGUGACUGGUGAUAAUUUAUUAUGCUGCAUUGAAAACUUCUGAAAAUCUGGGAAACCAAUAAGUUUGUCAUUUUUGCUCAAUUACUGCUCUCCCUCACUUUGUGUUUUAGUAGUUUUGCUACUCCCCUAUGCAUGUAGAUUUGGUAAGAUUAAUAGAAAUCAUUUAAUUUGAUUUUAAUGUGCCCUGAUGCUGUGCUGUGGCAUAAAUUGCACCACAUAAUGGCAAAUACUCAAAAGUGCUAGAUUUGUGAACUUUUUAAAAAAUAAACAUUUCUUAUGUAGUUGUGGCUUGCAGAAAUCAGUUUUUAAUGUGGAGAGAAUUUGCUCUCACUAGCUAUUGAAACACUGUCCUUGGGCAACUUUCAGUGAUAUUGCACAGUUUUCAUUUCUCUGAUUAAAAAUUACUCAGAUCAUUAUGUGCAGCUUUAUAUUUCCUUCACCUGUUUUCUUAUGAAACCAUAACAUUUUCUUUAGCGCAAUUCCUAGCUGUCUUGAGGGAGGAGGCAGGGGGGGAUUAUUUUAGCACCUUCUUGCCUUAACUGAUAAUUUUGCUUGCAUCAGCUGUAAUGGAUGCAAGGUAAUACACGUGCGUUGUAUGUAUGUGUGCAUACAUCUAGACACACAUAUAACUAUAUGUGUUUUUGAAUGCACCCACACUAGCACUUAGCAGGGUUCACUGCACUUUUUAUAAGGCUUUUUGAAAUAGUUGGCUUUUUAACAACAGUAGUUGAAAGUGAUUUCUGCAAGCUGUAUACAGAAUAGCACAUAUAGUAUGACUGUGAGAGUAUUUGUCUGGCAUGGGUGUCAAGUCAUUGAAAACAGGCUAUGACAUAUUACUGGCAGCUGGAAAUAGUUAACCUUCUAAUUUUUGGAAGAGUUUUCCAGUCAGCUGAAAAUGCUAGUUGCUGUUCUUCUUAUUAAACCCUGUUAUUUUUUGAUGAAUUGUCUUUGGAUAAGAAAAAAAGUUUGCCUGUAACUGCCCUGCUUCGUCUAACUGUGCUCCUUCCCCUCUUCUGCUAUAGAGUUUUACUUGUUACUCGAUAAUAGGAAGCUGAUACUACAAGAGAUUUAUACAAGCGUUUUAAAUCCUCUUCCUCUUCUUGAGUUUUCAAAGCACCACAUUCCUCAGCGUGUGUCCCAAAAUUUCCUUCUUUGGAGUCUCCAGCCCUCCGUUCUCAGCUCUGCUGCUGCAGAAGUGAUGCUCCAACUUUUGUUUACCUUUGAAAAGAGGGUUCCAGUCACAGGUGUGAACGGGGAGGAAAUCAAAAAGUAUGGGAGCAGAGAAUGAAAGGGAGCCUACUGAGCUGUGGAGGUGGAAAGGAAAGCCACACAAAGGCCAAAAAUUGCUGCUGUCCUUGCAGAUGAGGUCAUAAGAUAGCUGCAUUUGUAUGUUUGGGUUAGGUAGAACUCCACAUCAGGACUGGAUGGCUGGGUUUGCAUGGGAGGGGGGUGUAUGUGUCUGUGCAUGCAUGCAUAUGAGCAAUGGAAUCAAACUUGGCUCUGUUUUUCUCAUGCUGUUUGUAGACUCAAAUAUAUGUAUUUUAGGGGUUUUUUUUCUGUCUUUAACAUUACUUGAACUGGCAGAAAACAACGAAUGAGAUCAUGGGUCUACCAUUCUUAUGAUUUUUUUUCAUGAAACGGCAAAUGCAGAUGGUAUGGAUGUGUACACAAACUGACAUACUGGGCCUUUCUGGAGCUGCAUAUGUGGUUGUUGCUGUCUUAGUGUAAAUAAGGGACUGGCUCUAGCCACUGAGGCACUGCGAAUAUGAACAGUGCUAUUAUGUGUCCACCCUCUGUGCACCCUGAGUAUACAGACACUGGCUGUACCUGAUGUAGACAUUAAGGCUGCCAGACAGCAUUCUGAUUAAUCACCUUAAUCAGGGUAUAAAUAUACAUUUAAAAAAAAAAAGUGAGAUCUGUCUACCUCAGAGUGUGUGUACUGCAGAAGCUUUUUGUACGACUAGAUGUUGAUGCAGUGCUGUUAAAGGACAUUGGGAUAUUAGUAGUUUCCUGUGUACUUGUGCAUUUGAGAAAUGAGUUAUGAACAAGCAAAUCCAGAAGCCUUUCAAAUCUAUCUCUUGCUACAGUAAGAGUAGCAAUCUACAAUCUACAGUACAGAACAUAUAUUUAUAAGUUUAUAACCAUCUUUAGAAUCACUUGAAUUUGUUAUGGUGCUAUCAAUAUAUUGAAAACUCUGUUUAUACCUAUAUGGAUACAUAAAAUCACAACAGUAUUAAUGCAUACAGCUGGGUUUUUUGCUCAUAAUUGUAUAUAUCUGCUUUUGCAAUGUCCUUAUCUGAUAAAACCUCACCAGUAAAAAGGAAGAAAAAACCUCAACCAAAUACAAAACCACCCAGUUAUUUUUCUAAAUCACAGGUCACAACAUCUUCACUACAGAAACUGUUUCCCUCAGAAGGGAUGUCUGGACCGUACAUUUAUUGCCUUUAGCCUUACUAAAAGACUGCAAUGCAAUUGAAUUGAGGUGAGAGGCAGAUUUUCUUUGACUCACAGCCUUGUUUCACUUCUGUGAAGCUUAAGAGACAGUUAAUUUAUAUCAAGAUUAUAUUGGGUAAAAUAACGCUGUUACUGUUCAAAGUUGGACUAAAAGUUGGACUCAGCAUAGAUAUCUCUUGGUUCUAGUGAGAUCAUGUUAGUUUACUUUGACUUUCGUGAAGAUGCUGUUACUGUGAAGUAGUUUUCACAAUUACUUAAGCUGGUAAAUAAUUGCAGUGAAGAACUAUCUUGUUAUCCUCAUUAUCCUCAGCAGCAAUGAGACUGAUGAAUCACCCAGGCUCAGAGUCUCAUUAAAUAUAGUUUCAUUAAAAUAGAGAAUUCAGAUAGAAUAUAUAAUAUUGAAUUUAAAUAAGAUUUGGGGUUUUAAAUUUUAACUUUAUAAAAUUAUUUAUUCUAUUUUAAGCUUUCUGUCUUAUUUUACCAUCGAAGUAUUUUUGGUUUCAGUGCUCCAGCUUUAUUUACGGGCAUAUAAAAUGAAAUUGUAAGAUGUUUUUACAAGCUUCUUCCUUUUACAUUGAGUUUGAGUAGCUUUUAUUUGUAUGUUUUCGUUUGUACGGAUAAAGAGCAUUACUUAUGCUUUUGUGCAAUAGGUUUGAAACAUGCAUUUAUUAGGCAUAUUUUUAAAUUGUAAAUGUAGCGUCUGCUUACUGUUAAAUUUAAAAGGAAUCUAGAUAGCUUUUCUCACUUGUUCAAAUGGGUGUUUAUUUGGGGCUGUUAUUUGGGGGGGUUGUUUUUUGAUUUAUUCUUUUUCUUUUUUUUAUUUUAAGAGUGAAGUGUGGGAUUUAAAUUUGUGUACAAGAACUAUCUGUCAGCAAUAUUUUAAAAUAAAUGAUCUUGCAAGAAACCUUAAUGUGAAUUGUGGAAGCAAUGGGCAAGACUUGCAGCCUAUCUGAAAAUUUUUUGUGCCAUUGUUAUGUCUGGUAUAUUUGUGUACCAUCAAACCUGGGAAUAUUUAUUUUUAAUGGUUGUGCAAUAGUGUACACAACACUAUCACUUGUGGGGAUAUGGAACCAUAAAAAAUAUCAGACUACAACUAUGAUGGUGCUAUUUUUUUCCAAUAGGCUAUGAGCCUUUGAAAGCUUAUCUGGCUCUUAUUGUCUUUAUAACAACACAGUCCUAGGAGAUUCAUUGCAUUUUUUUCUACUGGAUGAUAAAUAUAACCAUACAACUAGCCUAUUUUACAGCAUUAUGCAUCUUACUAUUGAGCUAAAUAUAAUAGGAAAAAGCCAACCUGUACAUCAGCAAGAUGAUUCUUAAUAAGUAUUUAAAAAGCAUUUUGUACAGAACAAUCAAGUUUCUGUAUUUCCUCAGGUAAUUACUUCGUUUUGGUUGUUUCACUGGAAAUGUUAAUGCAACCUACACUUCAGUUAGUCUGCCUAAAGUUGAUAACAGGGCAAAAAAUUGUCCCAUACACUAGAAUCUCUAUGUAAGAUGUAAUUAACUGUAACUAACAUGUUGAGAUCCAUUGUUGAAGUAAAAAGUUGCAGAGAGAACAACGUUAAGGAACAUAUAACAAUGCUUCAGUCUCUGCUUUAAUCAAAAAUUGCCAUCAGUGCAAACUCUUUCUAGGAGCUCGCGUCUUGUGGGCAAGUCAACAGUAAUGUUUUACUGUGGAGUUAUGCUUUAUUUAUAUAGAAGUUAAAGCUCUGGUCCUGCUAUUUGAUCCAUGUUCGAUAAUCCUUAGGGCUUCCGGGAAAUCUUUCAAAGCCACAAUGACCUGUCUGGAUCCUAGUGGUAGGGUAAGAACUAAACGUCCAGUUCUAUAAACACUAUGAACAAUGAACUGAACCUCACUAAUCUGGAAACACACAUAAACCAACGGGACCAUUCAUGCAAAGGGUUAGGUGUGGCUGAAGGAAGGAGCCCUGAUUUCUGAAUACUGAUGUUCCACUAUUUUUUUUAAAAUAUUUUUAUUUGAAAGUCAAAGCAUUGGUUUAAUGCAAUCUUGAAUUCAAAUUACUUAUCGGGACAAAAGGAGAGUUUGUUCUUUCCUUCUGCAACAAGAUUAUUUUACAGUUAAGGGACAAUAAGCCAGUGCAACCACUAAGCCUCUAUCCUCGUAUGUGGCAUAAUAAAGAUUCUGGAACUGUCACAGUGUAAAACCAUAUUUUUGGCUUAGCUUCAUUUGAAAGUUUACAAUUUUUUAUGCUUUGUGUUGCUGUGUAAUUUUUGUACUAUUGGUGGCUAGUUUUGUCUGAAUAAGCCUUUUGGGAUUAUUGCUUAAUGUUUUGAUUUUAUGAUAGUGAAGCUUGUAUCCAGUGUUUUGCCAAUUAAUAUUAUAUGCUUGUUAAUAAAAGCAGAGAAACUAACUGAAA